AGGCCUAAUUUAACUAAGCAGACCUUUCAAAGACAUCAAAAACUUUCCUAUGAAGUCCUGCACUACAAGCUCAAGCAAGUUUGUGGAGCAUUGACAUUGGGCUUACCUUCAUCCAUGUUGGAAUAGUGGCUGGCCUUGAAUUCCCACUGCAGGAACACAGGAUCAAUGAACUGGACUUGUACCCAUUUCAUAGGAGUUUUCAAGAAUGUUGGAGCCGUUUGUAUGGGUGAGAUAUAUUCGUCCCCCAGAGGAAGAAGAUAUGAAGGCAGAAUGGCUAGAGAAUGCCAGGUAUCUAUUGGAGGAUCUGGGGUUCCUUCUUUCAUUGCCCCAUGCAAGAUUUUGGAGCAGAGUGGUGCAGGACCAGGAGCUGCACAAUUCAUUGGAAUCAUUCCUCAACCAGGGUCCACGUGAUUACGACCUCUCGGUCCCUGAAUCUGACAUAGAGGUGGAACACGUGGUGAUGGCACUGUCUCGACGAGUUUUCAUUGUGUUCAUCCGUAUGGCCACAUACAAGGAAUCGGGGGUGGAGCAGAUGCCACCCGAAGUGUUUGCGCAGCUCAUCUAUGACAAGUAUGUCUUUGAUAUCCCAAAACUCAUUGGGCUGUGCAGCAUGUAUGGACCGAAGAACCAUGCUCUUCUCACCAAGAUGGUCUCACACAUAUUCACUGUCCAGCCUGCAUACACUGAUGAUAUGCUUCAUUUUUCAGCCUCCCUUCAUGAGGUGUUUGAGAGCAUCAAGCAAGAGACGGGCCUGGUCCUGGAGUCUGGCAGGAGCACAGGGUGCCCAGUUUGGAGGAAACUGAAGGACAUUUGCCUCUUUCUUGUUGACACGUGCAUGAGUCUCUGGCGCUUUGUCGACAUCUACCCUCCAUCUGCCAAUGUCUUCCACCAGUAUACCAUUGAUAUAAGAUUGGCAUCCCUGUAUGACGCCGUGAUGCCAGACUUAUCCAUUGGGGUGCAAAAAGUGAUAGAGAGUGAUGAUGCAGACUGUAAAUCAAGGGAAGAAGGGGUGAAGAUGCUGGACAGACUCAAACAUGCACGUCUGGCCAUCAUUAAUGCCUUCAGACAGAUUCUCUUCAUCCCAUGCAUUCAUCCUCUUCUCCAAUCCUCUGGGGAAAGGAAGGGAGCCGAGGCCACACAGGGUGAGGCCAGCACAGGAGUUGAGGAUUUCAUCGUUGUUAUCACAUCCUGUCUUGGAGAGAGGACCUUCAUUGUGGAUUAUGAGAAUUACUUCCCCUUUGAAGAUGACUUGAGUCUUCUUCAGCAGGCUUCCAUCUACAUAGAUGCAACAAGAACAGAUUACAUAUUGGAGGGAAUCAGAAGCUGCCAGGAAGUAGUUCUUUCCCGAACCUCAUCUCGGCCUGGGCCUACAAAGGUUUCAUCUUAUCCAGACGAACCAAGCAUAGCUGCCAGUUCCUCUCUAAUCCCAGGAGUCCAAACUCCCCCUCAUGAGGAAUUCCUUCCCAAAUCCAAUGUCAGAGAUGAGAUGGCAGUAACUAGAGAAGCAGCUGCAUCACGUGUUGUGACUGGAGUGGAACUUGAUUCUCUCAUUACCAAGGUCAAGGACCUCUUCCAUGACUUUGGUGAAGGAUUUAUUCUUGCCUGCCUGGAGGAAUACAAGUUUGAUCCAGAGGAGGUCAUUAAUGCUGUCCUUGAAGAAUCUCUCCCUCCAGGACUGGCUAGCAUGGAUCACACUCUUCCUCGACAAGCGAUUCCGGAGCAGACAGCACCACCCAGUGCCCUAGAGUCCAGGCAUUGCAUCUAUGAUGGGGAUGAAUUUGACAUCUUUCGCCGAGAUGAUGUCGACCUCUCCAAGAUCCACAGGGGCAAAAAGAGAGAGGACUUCAAAGAUGCCAAGGAGAUGUUGAAUUGCAAAAAGGAUCUGGCACCUUUACAAGAUCUCUACUCAGCAUAUGGUGCCUUUGAGACAGAAGGAAGUCUGUAUGACAAGCAUCUUCUGGAAUAUGAGGAUGAAUAUGAUGAUACAUAUGAUGAGAAUGCUGUUGGACAACAAGAACCUGAUGCAGUAGAACUGGAAGGAAGGACUAUACAAAUGCCUCGUGUUCUGGCUGCCUUGGACCAAAACCGGAGCACCAGACAGGAGAGGAAAGCAGAAAUGAAUGGAGAUAAAGAAGAGGAAGAUGAUGAGAAUGAAGAGGAACAGCAGAAGAGAGAUGAGUUUGUGCCGAAUCCUGAAGAAUUGAGGAGGCUAAGAGAAGAACGGCGAGGGAAUGCAAAGGGAAAAGGACAAGACAAGGAGGUGUUGGCAAAUCGGAGACACAAAGAAGCGCACAAGGGUCACGUGGGCAAUCAUAAUCGAAGGGCUGGAGCCCAGUGGAAACGAAGGGGUGGGAUGGUUCCAUUCUAAAGACACU